CACAACUGUUGGUGGAAGUGAAGUUAGAGCCAAAACGUCGUCGCAGGUUUACAACGCAGAUAAACACAGUUUCUCAAAAACCCUAGUUCUUCUCACACUCUCAUCCAAACCCUCUCUUUCACUCUCUCUCCACCAAUGGAAACCCCUUCCGAGGCACCAUCCGCCGGCACCGGCGAAACCAUAAGCAAGAAUGCGCUGAAGCGGGAACUGAAGAACAAACAGAGAGAAGAAGAAAGGAAGCGCAAGGAAGAAGAGAAGGCCAAAAAGGCAGCUGAAAUGCAGAAGGCAAAGGAUAACAAAUCUGCACCAGCUGAUGACGAGGAUAUGGACCCAACACAAUAUCUUGAAAAUAGGUUAAAGUAUCUUUCAGCUCAAAAGACAGAUGGGAAGAACCCGUAUCCUCACAAGUUCUUUGUCACUAUGGCUAUUGGGGAGUACGUUAAGGAAUAUGGAGGUUUAAGCGAUGGGCAGCAUGCCGAGGAUGUCUCUGUUUCUUUGGCUGGCCGCAUCAUGCACAAGCGCACUUCUGGUUCUAAGCUUGUCUUUUAUGACCUGCAUGGUGGUGGCUUCAAGGUCCAGGUUAUGGCUGAUGCGAGUAAAUCAAACUUGGAUGAGGCUGAAUUUUCUAAAUUCCACUCUAAUGUGAAGCGUGGUGACAUAGUUGGUGUCACGGGUUUUCCAGGAAAAAGUAAGAAGGGUGAACUUAGUAUUUUCCCCAAGAAUUUUGUGGUGCUGUCUCAUUGUUUGCAUAUGAUGCCAAGGCAAAAGUCUGCUGCUGCUGCUGUUGAUAAUGCAAAUUUGAAGAAAAGUCCAUGGGUUCCAGGAAAUGCUAGGAAUCCUGAAACUUAUAUUUUGAAGGAUCAGGAAACUAGAUAUCGACUUCGCCAUUUGGAUUUGAUGCUUAAUCCAGAGGUUCGAGAUAUAUUUAAGACCAGAUCUAAAGUCAUUUCUUACAUUAGGAGGUUCCUUGAUGACCUUGAUUUCUUGGAGGUUGAAACCCCUAUGAUGAACAUGAUUGCUGGUGGAGCUGCUGCGCGUCCAUUUGUAACACAUCACAAUGACCUUAACAUGAGGUUAUUCAUGAGGAUUGCCCCUGAACUGUAUCUUAAGGAGUUGGUUGUUGGUGGACUGGAUCGUGUUUAUGAAAUUGGUAAACAAUUUAGGAAUGAGGGCAUUGAUUUGACUCAUAAUCCUGAGUUUACUACUUGUGAAUUCUAUAUGGCUUACAAGGACUACAAUGACUUAAUGGAUAUAACAGAGCAAAUGUUAAGUGGUAUGGUUAAGGAACUUACCAAAGGCAGCUAUAAAAUCAAGUAUCAUGCAAAUGGUGUUGACAAGGACCCUAUUGAAAUUGACUUUACUCCACCUUUUAGAAGGAUUGAUAUGAUUGAAGGAUUAGAGCAGAUAGCCGGACUAAGUAUUCCUAAGGAUUUGUCGAGUGAGGAAGCUAAUCAGUAUUUAAAGGAUGCAUGCUUGAAGUUUGAGAUUAAAUGUCCCCCUCCAGAGACAACAGCUCGUUUGUUGGAUAAACUUGUGGGUCACUUUUUGGAAGAAACUUGUGUAAAUCCUACAUUCAUCAUAAACCAUCCCGAGAUAAUGAGUCCUUUGGCGAAGUGGCACAGAUCAAAACCAGGCCUGACCGAACGAUUUGAAUUGUUUGUUAAUAAACAUGAACUUUGCAAUGCGUAUACCGAAUUGAAUGACCCUGCCGUACAACGACAAAGAUUUGCUGAACAACUCAAGGAUCGGCAAUCUGGUGAUGAUGAAGCAAUGGCCUUGGAUGAAACAUUUUGUACGGCUCUGGAAUAUGGUUUACCACCUACUGGUGGUUGGGGCUUGGGCAUUGAUCGGUUGACCAUGUUACUGACAGAUUCACAGAAUAUUAAGGAGGUUCUUCUCUUCCCUGCGAUGAAACCUCAAGAUUGAAUCUUCUACCAAAUGUGUGUUUAAAUUAGUGAAAUCAUCAUACACAGGAACAUUAAAAAGCAAGAUGAUUAAUUUGGUAUCUCAGUUUUGAUUUAUGCAUUUGAUUAGUGGACUUAUGACGAACUGGUCAUGCAUCGUUUCUCAGUUGAUCUAUCCUGUAAGGGCGGUUGGGGAGGGGGCAUUGAUAUAUUUUAUCUUUUGGUGGUUGGAUUAAAUGUGAUGUCAUAUACUAGCUUAUUUAUUACACAUUUAAGAUUCGAAACAAUUUUUUAGUACAUUUCUCAUU